GCCUAUAUAACAGCUGAAUCCUGCACAGAAACACAAGAGGCAUCCAACGAGGAAGCAUGAAGUCAUACAGCCUGUGCAUCAUACUAAGCCUUGCUCUCACAGCUCACUGUGCUCCAGCAUCACCAGUCACCGUGCAGGAUGAAGGUUUUGCAGAGAGCUACCUGAAGAAUUUCUUCAACCUUACGGAGGAGACGGGUCCGACUAUCAGACGAGGAAUCAGCCCUGUGACCAAGAAGCUGAGUGAGAUGCAGAGAUUCUUUGGUCUCCAGAUCACCGGCACCCUGGAUGCAGACACCUUAGCAAUGAUGAAGAAGCCCCGCUGCGGCGUUCCAGACGGAAAAAUUGCUCGAUUCUCCACCUUUGGAAGCAACCUCAAGUGGCAGACAAACAGGCUCACCUACAGGAUCGAGAACUACACACCUGACAUGUCUGUAUCACAAAUUGAUGACUCCAUAGAGAAAGCGCUUCAGGUUUGGGCCAAUGUCACUCCUCUGAGAUUCACAAGGAUCAAAAGUGGCACGGCUGACAUCAUGAUCUCCUUUGGCAGCAGAUCACAUGGUGAUUAUUACCCCUUUGAUGGCCCUGGUAACACUCUGGCCCACGCCUUCGCCCCGUCUCUUGGCAUUGGAGGAGAUGCUCACUUUGAUGAUGAUGAGACCUUCACUUUCCGCUCAGACAGAGGAUUCGUCCUCUUCAUGGUGGCCGCCCAUGAGUUCGGUCACUCUCUGGGAUUGUCUCACUCUGAUGAUCCUGGUGCUCUCAUGUACCCCACGUACUCAUACAGAAACCCUGACACCUUCGUGCUGCCGCGGGACGACGUCAACGGAAUCCAGUCUCUCUAUGGUCCAAACUCUGAUAAGGAUCCUGCUCGUCCUGAACCUGAGCCCCCCACCACCCCUGAUUCCUGUGAUUCCACCAUGGUGUUAGACGCUGUCACCACCCUGCGAGGAGAGAUGAUCUUCUUCAAGGACAGCUUCUUCUGGCGUAGCAACCCUCAGAGUGCGACAGCUGAGCAGAAACUCAUCACAAGCUUCUGGCCCAAUGCUCCCUCCAACCUCGACGCCGCAUACGAAAGCCGACAGUCGGACAGAAUCUAUCUCUUUAAAGGUCGUAGGGUGUGGGCCUUCAGUGGCUAUAAACCCGUGCGUGGCUAUCCUAAAAAGCUAACCAUUUUUGGUUUUCCAAGAGGUGUGACGAAAAUUGAUGCAGCCCUCUAUGAUGCAGAAUCAGGAAAGACUCUGUUCUUUGUGGGCAACAAUUACUUCAGCUAUGACGAGGCCAGAAGGAGAAUGGAUCAGGGAUUUCCGAAGAGGGUGGAUCAGACCUUCAGUGGUCUGACGGGGAAGGUGACUGCAGCUUUCCAGUACAGAGGUUUUACUUACAUCUACAGUGGACCGUACAUGUUUGAGUACCACCUGCGGAGCAAGAGGUUGUUCCGUGUGCUGAGGAACAGCUACUUCCUGCGUUGCUCAAACUUCUAGACCAGUUUACAGCUGCAUGUUGUUAAUGUAGCCGCUUUGAAUAAGAAUGAAUGUAUACAGGGUUGAAAUAGUACACUUUAAAUAUUUCUAUUUGUGAAAUCAUUGUGUUUUUUAUAUUUAAUUCUAUAAAAUGUAUUAAGAGUUGUAAACAAUGCACAAUUCAAAGAAUGUGUCAAUAAAGUUUUAUAUUAUUUAUA